CACCCCGAGAUGUCCGUCCAAAGGAGUAGUACUAGGACAUCUGACAGUGGACACCGCUCAUAGACUCCGAAAAGAAGCACGGAAGACGCCAGACAAGCGAUGACGAGAUCAGAAGGACACCCCCCCUCCUUCCUUGCUGGCUGUCGCUGUGGCACCAGCCAGCAAUGCUCGACCAGAGAUCAUAUGUGUCGAGUUCAAAUACCCGAUCAUUCGUACUGCCAUAUGCUUUCGAAUAAAAUCAACUCACUGCAUGAUUAUUUUGCCUCGAGGCAUUCCCGUGACAAGAUCUACGUCGUGGGCACAAAUUAAUAACGCCCUAUAUAAUGGGUUAUCGACGUAUCAAUGUGAUAACGACUUCGUAGAGGUCCGUGAUAAUCGAAUGCGCGUGGCAACUUGCAUGCGCCAUGAGCCUCGGAUGAGACAUAUCUCACUCGAAUCCUCCAAGUCCAUCAUUAUCCGCGAUUGUCGAACCGAACGCUCCCAUCGGGGUGUGAUGGUAGUACCUAGUAAGACUAGUCCAUGGGAAGUACUGUUUCACUUUUUUUCGCUGCUUUUGGAUCUCCAACCGCAGAAAUCUCUGCCUUCGCAUCGCGAGAAAUUAUUACCCUUGGUCUUGUACAAAGUAAUAGAUCUGCACACGAAAACAAUGGAAUGCUCACCAUGCGCUUUUAAAAGCCGACUCAAAAUCUAUGUCCGCCUUGGCCCCUCCGGUGUCUAUGAUCUUGCACUUGUUCAGCCUGACAGGCAGUUGGUAUACUACCACACACUACUGACAAGUCACGCUGAGCAGAGACACUUGUCGAUGGCGCUGAACUGUACCGAGUCACAGUCAGCUGAUCACUCUCGCGAUCAUGCCUUUAGCCUGAGAUCGGCACGCAUUACGAUUUGCGGACCAUGAGUCGCUGAAACUCUGCGAUGCAUCGAUGAGUAUCCACACGGACGAGCCAUGAUCGCAUCUGGGAGCUACUACCUCGGACAGCCUACAAUUCCGUGGAUGUUUGAACCAGUUAUCUUUCCCCACAUGUGUCUACGACCCUGAAUAUCAAG